AUCGCGAUCUGAUCUGAAAAGUGGAAAAGCUGUGCAGAUAAAUUAAUUAGCAAUUAGCCAGUGCAAACAGAGUGUUGUCAGCCGACCAGCCGAAGCAGCUGAGCUGAUAGUUCCGCCUUUGGCCCCCGCUUUCGCCAGAAGCGGAACGGAACCAAAAUAAACAAGCGAGUGAAAGGAGGUGGAGGAGAAAGAGCGCGGGAGAGUGAGCGCGAAGAGUUGUCGGAGGGGGCGGUGGCGGAGGAGCGGACAACGAGGCAGAAACAAAAGCACAAAACGCGGACAGAACCAGUCGAAAGAAAACAACAAACCGGAGCGGACGCACUCGAAAAAAGCGAAACGAAUUUAUUUCUGUGCUUAGGGCGACACUGUGUGCGUGCCACUGACUGUGAGUGUGUGAGCGUAUGAGCGUAUGAGCGCGUGUGUGUGUUGUGUAUAUUUAAACAAUAUUCAAAAAAUCAUACGCCAGACGAAUAAAAAACGCGACGAAAACGAAGGCGAAGAUCUCCUCAUCUCCUCUCGUAGCGGAGCAGACAGAUAAAUAAAAACAGAAUCCGAGAAUCCGAAAAACAACAACGCAACUGUGACGCGGCAAGGUGCUGGAGGUCACUCGGUCCAUUUCGCACCGCACUGAAGCACUACAUCAGUAUAUCAGUAAAUCAGUAUAGCAAUAUAGCACCUCCCCCCGACCACCCCAGUUUCUAAACAGUUUCGGUUCAAGCGCCCGCAAAAAACAGCACGCGCGAUCGGAAAACUCGAAAAAAAUCUACAAGCAGCACAAAAACAAAAGUAAACUCACGCGCUUCAUCGUUUUAUUGCUCGCCGCCCUCUCGACUGAUAAACGUCAGUUGAUAAAUAUAUGUAUAUCGCAUCGCAUCCAUACUAAAACAAAUACGCCAGCAAACAAACACCAAUUAUUCCAAUAAAACCAACGCCAAGUGCGAAUGCGCCCUCGAUUUGUAUGCCAUCAGCAGCACUCGGUGGCCCAAUCCCACUUCCAGCCCCACGUCCAGCCCCACUCCCACUUCCAUCGCCACCGCCAUCCCAAUCCACCCCAUCACCAUCACAUUUACGGCGCCACUGACGUCAGUUAUCGGCGUUAUCGCACCGCUAGCAUGGUGGUGGCCGAGGGAGUUAUGGACUUCGGGUCGGGGUCGGGCACGGGAACGGGCUUGGGGCACUUCAACGACACCCCAUUAUCCGCACUGGGCAUCGAGACCCGCACCCAACUGUCCCGCAUGCUGAACCGCAAGAAGGUGCUGCGAUCCGAGGAGGGCUACCAGCGGGACUGGCGCGGCAUCUCGGAGCUGGCCAAGCAGAAGAGCUUCGUCGACGAGAACGCCAACAAUCCAAUGGAUCUGGUGCUGAUCAGCUGGACCCAGCGGAACCCCCAGACCGCCAAGGUGGGCCAUCUAGAACACUUUCUGGGCAUCAUCGAUCGGUGGGACGUCUGCGACGACAUCCAGGAGAAUUUGGCCAAGGACACUCAGCGCUUCAUCAUGAAACAGGAGCAGCGGCAGACCGCUCUGGUGGAGGCGUGUCCGCCGCCUCCCUGCGACAACUUCAGCAGCAGCAACAGCAACAACAUCAGGGUGGGUCAAAGUGUGGAGAUCCUCAGCGACGAAGACCAGAGAUGUGUGCAGAUGGGCCAACCGCUGCCCAGAUACAACGCCUGUGUUUUGUACGCUGAGGCAGACAUUGAUUAUGCCACCGAGAUUAUGAAUAAUCUAGAGUCUGAGCGGUACAAUCUCAGGCUUUUCCUGCGCCAUCGCGACAUGCUAAUGGGCGUUCCGUUCGAGCAUGUCCAACUGUCCCACUUCAUGGCUACCCGCUGCAAUUUUUUGAUUGUCUUGCUCACAGAGGAAUUUUUUCGAAGCCCGGAGAACACGUACCUCGUGAACUUCACCCAAAAGAUACAAAUCGAGAAUCACACUCGCAAGAUCAUACCGAUUCUGUACAAGAGGAACUUGCAUAUACCCCCGACCCUGGGCAUUUACCAACCCAUGGGUUACGACGUGGAAUCCAAGUUGUUCAACUUCUGGGACAAGUUGGCGAGUUCGCUAUACGAUGUGAAAGCCUGUUCGAUCUACUCCCCGCGCCAGGUGCAAACACCCUCGCCGGAGGAAUCGACUCCCCGGGUGACCACUCCCAGCAUUCGGAUACAGAUCAACGACAAGGAUGUCACUGAUAUGCCAAUCUACAACAGCUGCAAAGUGCCGGAAGCGGAAACCACAGUUGUUUCGAUUUCCGGUGAUACCAGCUCACCCCUGCCGGAGCACAAACCGAAGAAAAUGACUACCUUCCGCAAAAUCAUGCACAUCACCGGAAAGACGGCGCGGAGUGAUGGGGCCAGCGCCAAAACCCUACGUCAUGCUCACUCCGUCAGCACCAUAAACGUCAUGGAGCGCGAAAGGACCAUCAGUGCCAGCAGCUCCAAUAUCUCUACCACGUCAGAGAGCAAGAAAAGUUUUAAGUGGCGUCCGAACAUCUUGAAGAAGGUUCUGUUCUCCCGAUCCAGCACCAAGCUACAGACGCCGUGCUGAGAUCAUAGCGUUAGAAUAGCCAUUCAUUCGAUUCCUUGAUUCCUUAUCGUGUGUCCAGUCUAGUUAUGGCCGCCGAGUCGCCAAUUUCGUCACCCUCCAUGUCUAGUGAUAAUCUUUAGCCUAAUCCUUAUCAAAGUCAAAUAACUUUAUAUAAUUAGACGCAUCCGGUUACUUAUAUAAGACAACAACGAAUAAAGACAAUACCACAUA